GGGUGGACAAGGCAUCAGUCGAUCAAUACAUGUUUUGAGAACAUCAACAAUCACCUAGAACAUUCAAGAAAUCAAUUUUUUCCAAAUCAAAAUGAAAUUCGUUUACUUUUUGUCUGUUUUUGUCGUUUUGGCGAUGCAAUAUGCAUCAGGAGCUCCUGCUACCGAGCAGGAAUCUCAAUCACAGCUUGAUAAAGUGGCUGCUGCUCUGCAACACAUUCAAAAUAUGGCUGAUGGUUUACCGCUGAUUACUAACAUGACGCAACAAGUGUUGACCGAAUUGGAAUUGUUCCGUGGAUCCGGAUUGUUCUUUGCUAAUCCCUGCUCGUUCUUCCAGGGUAUUUUCCGUACAUUCUAUUGUACCAUUGCUUCUUUUGAUCCACAAAGGAGUAACGCUGCCGUUCAAGGAGUUCUCCAGUUUUUGAAUGCCAACAACAUGUUCUACAACUUUGCGUCCAACUUCUUCUGCCCAUUCCAACUUUUUGGCGGUGGUGGUAGCUCUGGCAGCACCCCUGGCGGUGCCCUAGGUGGAACCACUGCAACCAUCAACUGUGCUAACAAUGGAGCCACUGGAAGUUCCGGUUUCACCGCCAACCUGGACGAUCCCUCUGUAUUUAUGACUUUGUAAACACAGCAAACAAAACUAACGACAACCACGAUAAAACCUUGGCAAAACAUGGCAAAACUAUACAAAAUGUUAUUAUUAUUAGUUAUUUAUUAGAAACUGUGUUCAUGAUGAUGAUUUAUUGAUUCUUACUGCAAUAAAAAAUUAAUUAUACAAA